AUGGACACUGACCCAACUCACGGCCAAGAUUUCAUGGAUUCCAUGCUGUGCGUUUUGGGUUCGAGACUGAUCCAGUCAGGGUUAAUAAACGCCACCCUUUUCAAAGAGAGUCCAGUGAUAUUUGUAAAUGCGGGAGGCGGGGCUAUAAAGAGAGAAGGGAAUAUCAAUCUUGAUAUUCAGAAAGAUUGCUGUUUUAAAGGAGGAGAUGUUCUAAGAACAGAUGAGAGCAUACUUAAUGGUGGUGAUAUGCCUUGCGUUUAUCAAUCAGCAAGGUUUGGUACCAACUUGAGUUACAAGUUCAAUGACAUGCCGGUUGGAGAGUAUUUGGUGGAUCUUCAUUUUGCAGAGAUAGUUUACACUAAUGGUCCUAAAGGAAUGAGAGUCUUUGACGUUAUAUCAGAGCUUGAUGUAUACUCUGUUGUUGGUGCCAAUAAACCAUUGCAAGUGGUGGAUGUUAGGGUUUCUGUUGGGGAAGAUAGGGUGAUUUUUAUAAGGUUUGAUGGGGUUGUAGGGAGCCCAAUAGUUAGUGGGAUUUGUAUAAAGCAGGCGACAGAAUUGCCUAAAUAUUCGGUUGAACAAAAGUUUUUAGUGUGUAACAAUUGUGCCGCCGAAGUAAAAAUUUCAUCUGUUCAGAAUAAAUUAACGAGGAUGAACGCUUUAGCAAAGUAUGAAAAGAAGAUAAAAGAGUUGAAGGCUCAAUGCCAACUCAAGACAGAUGAAUGCUAUGAGGCUUGGAUGUCACUGACCGCUGCGAAUGAGGAACUGGAGAAGGUUAGGAUGGAACUCGACAAUAAGUUCUUCAGAAAUAUGCAAUUAGAUCAAGCCAUACAAAAGCAAACAGCAGAAUUGAGGGAUGUUUCUAUUCGAUAUGAGUGUGAUAGGAAGCUGUGGGCGGCAGCCAUUGAUGAUUUUGAAAAGAAAAUAAAGAUGAUGAAGAUUGAGCACUCUCAACUCUCCCAUGCAGCUCAUGCUUGUGCCAAUACAAUUCCUGAAUUAAAUAAGAUGAUAAUUGCAGUUCAAGACAUAGUUGCAAAACAUGAAGACCUCAAACUGAAGUUAAAUGAAGAGCAGGCAAAGAGUAAGAAGCUUUAUAACCAAGUGCAGGAAGCAAAAGGGAACAUAAGAGUGUUCUGUAGGUGCCGCCCGUUGAGUAAGGAAGAAGUGUCAACUGGGUAUCAAACAGUGGUAGAUUUUAGUGCAGCUAAAGAUGGGGAUCUUGCAGUAAUUGCAAGUGGCUCCACAAAGAAAAUUUUCAAAUUUGAUCGAGUUUACACUCCUAAGGACGAUCAAGGCAUAACACCUUCGGAGGAAUCUCCUCCAAAACUAUUUGAUGUCUUCGCGGAUGCUUCUGCUAUGGUGACCUCAGUGUUAGAUGGUUACAAUGUUUGCAUAUUUGCAUUCGGGCAAACUGGAACCGGAAAGACUUUCACUAUGGAGGGUACGGAGCAAAACCGAGGAGUCAACUACAGAACUUUACAUCAAUUAUUUAAAGUUGCUGAGGAAAGGAAAGAAACUGUCACUUAUGACAUUUCUGUUAGCGUGCUUGAAGUUUAUAAUGAGCAAAUCAGAGACUUGCUUGCCACCUCAACAACAACAAAGAGGUUGGAUAUAAAACAAGUGUCUGAUGGGGUCCAUCACGUGCCAGGGAUAGUUGAAGCAAAAGUUGAGGGUAUUAAGCAGGUCUGGGAUGUUUUGCAAGUCGGAAGUAAUUCAAGGGCUGUGGGGUCAAACAAUGUGAAUGAACGUAGUAGCCGAUCUCAUUGCAUGCUUUGCACAAUGGUAAGAGCAAAGAACCUGGUAAAUGGUGAGUGCACAACGAGCAAGCUAUGGCUUGUGGACUUGGCAGGCAGUGAGAGGCUAGCAAAGACAGAGGUUCAAGGGGAACGACUUAAGGAAGCUCAAAAUAUAAACAGAUCACUUUCAGCUCUUGGGGAUGUUAUUUCUUGUUUGGCAAAUAAGAGUAGUCACAUUCCAUUCAGAAACUCGAAGCUCACCCAUUUACUCCAGGAUUCGUUAGGUGGUGAUUCAAAAACCCUUAUGUUUGUGCAAAUCAGCCCUUCUGAUCAUGACAUAGGCGAGACUCUAAGUUCUCUAAACUUUGCAACUCGAGUUCGAGGGGUUGAGUUGGGUCCUGCCAAAAAGCAGAUUGAUAUGGGUGAGCUUCAAAAGCUCAAAACAAUGCUUGAUAAAGCAAAACAAGAAUUGAGAUCUAAAGAUGACGCCAUGCGCAACCUAGAAGCGGGUUUUCAAAAUUUAGAAGGUAAGGCCAAAGUCAAGGAUCAGCUUUUCAAAAAUCAACAGGAAAAGGUUAAUGAACUAGAGAAUCAACUUGCAUCAAAGACAGAGUUAUGCAGACAGCUAGAGAAGCAGCUGUUACAACUUUCAGAAGUAAAGAAGGGAAAUGAAGAAAUUUUCUCGAUUUUCCAGCAGAAGGUCAACGAACUCGAGACGAAGCUGAAAGAGCAGGAAGAAGCAGAGUCCAUGAAUCUUCAUUACAAGGUCAAGGAGCUUGAAAACAGAAUGAAAGAGAGAACACAGGAGUAUGAGCUUCAUACAAAGAGACUCCAACAAAAGCCACUCAUAAAGGGUAAACCGGUGAAGGCUGAAGUAUUGAAAGAGUUGAAGGAAGCUGAAAACAAACCAUGGGGAAAAGAAAAUUCCGAAUCUCGGUUGCUUCAACAAAAGAUCAAUGUUCUUGAAGAAAAGCUAAGACAACUUGAACAUAGAGAUUGUUUGCCAAUGCCACCACCCUCUGCUGAAAAGUCGGAAGCCACUCCAGUUUUGUCAAGAGCGGAAACCAUAAAUGACGUUGAUCCACUUGGUCAAAGAAGCUUAAACCCCUCUAACCGAACAAUAAACCAAGAAUCUGGCUUGCUCAAGGGAACGGCAUCCCUUUGUGAGUUAAGGAGAAAAAGAGACAUCCAGAGCAAAGGGAUGGAGAAUAAUUUCUUAAUAUCAGCCACCUUACUCGAGAAGAAGAGAUUACCAGCUGAAUCAAGUAAGGAAAGGCAUCCUGACCCUUCUAGAGCAUUAGCAAGGAUUACUAGAAGUACAAAACCAGUUAGUACUACUCAGAAGACACACUCCAAUACUGCUAACAGAAUAAACAAAGAUCAGGCUCCAGGAGCAAGGGAUAGCAAAUUCAAGGUUUGGUUGAGGUAG